AGCAGGGGGACAGGAUGGAAUGGGAGGCAGUUUCCAGGGGAGAUUCCAAUUGUGGAGGAGUCAUAAAUGUACAGGGGAGUUCUGGUUAAACUGGUUAGAGGCUAGCAAUCUGGGCCUGGCCUAUAUCCACCCACAGGAAGUAAGGGUUUUCGCAAUACUGUUAGAGGAUAGCAAAACAAACACACACAUACAGUAUAGGCACUCACACACUCCUCCUCUAGAGGGCUACCCUCUUAAAGGAAGACAGCUCUCUGAUCUGUAGUACUCUUAUGAAGAUAGUUGAGAUGCACUCUGACCCUCUGCCCCAACCCUAAGGAAGAGGAAGAUGAGGAGGAAUAUCAGUGCAAUCCCAUUGAUCCACGUUACAGAGGCGGAGCGCGAUGGCAACGUCCUCAGCCUCCCAGUGCCUAUGCGCCGCGGCGGGUCAGAGUCCAACCUGGAUGUGGAGAGCUGCACUGUCGAGAAAGUGGGCCUGGACUUCCGGAAGGGUCCGCUGGGCUUGGACAGCCUGCAGCAGAAGAUCCUGAAGGUGACGGAGCAGAUCAAGGUGGAGCAGACGGCCCGGGACCAGAACGUGGCCGAGUACCUGAAGCUGGUGAACAACGCCGACAAGCAGCAGGUGGGGCGGAUCCGCCAGGUGUUCGAGAAGAAGAACCAGAAGUCGGCCCAGAGCAUCGCCCGGCUGCAGAGGAAGCUGGAGCAGUACCACCGCCGCAUGAAGGACAGCGAGAGCAACGGGGCCAAGCACGGGCCGCGCGACGCCAAGGAGGGCAGUCUCCGGGACGUGAGCUCCAGCGGGCGCCACCCGGCGCUGGACAAGGUCAAGACCAUUGGGCCCGGUGUCUCGCUGUCCCCGCCUUUCUUCUUCAACAAGUCCAGGGAGUUCGCCAACCUGAUCCGGAACAAGUUUGGCAGCGCCGACAACAUCGCCCACCUCAAGAGCUCCAUGGAGACGGGGGCGGGGCUUCAGGCCGAGGGCGGGGCCAGAGCGCUGAGCGGCAGCGCCACCACCGUGGCCAAACCCAAGUACCACAGCGACGACGAGUGCUCCUCGGGGACCUCCGUGUCGGCAGACUCUAACGGGAACCCCACGGAGGGGUCGGGGCUGGGGUCCGGAGGGGGGCCGGGGAGGUCGGACUCCCAGGGCAGGCUGGGGGAGGUGCUGGAGGAGGUGAGGGAGAUCAGGGAGGCCCAGAGUCAGCUAGCAGAGGACAUGGAGGCCCUGAAGGCACAGUUCAAGAGGGACUACAACUUCAUCACACAGACCCUGCAAGAGGAAAGAUACAGGUUCGAGCGGUUGGAGGACCAGCUGAACGACCUGACUGAGCUGCACCAGCAUGAGACCAGCGACCUGAAGCAGGAGCUGGCCAGCAUCGAGGAGAAGGUGGCCUACCAGGCCUAUGAGAGGGCCAGGGACAUCCAGGAGGCCCUGGAGUCGUGUCAGACGCGAGUGUCCAAGCUGGAGCUGCAACAGCAGCAGCAGCAGACCGUGCAGCUGGAGAACACGGACGCCAAGGUGCUGCUGGGAAAAUGCAUCAACAUCAUGCUGGCCAUCGUCACGGUGAUCCUGGUGUGCGUCUCCACGGCGGCCAAAUUCGCGGCCCCGCUCCUCCGGAGCAGGGUGCACCUGGCGCUCACCUGUGUGGGCGUGUCUCUGCUGGCGCUGCUCUGGAAGAACUGGGAGCACCUGCAGUGCAUGCUGGAGCGUCUGCUCCUCCCACACUGAGCUAAGCUCCUCCCACGAUAGCACAGGCCCCUCCCACUUUGGGCCCACGGCUUCUGGAACUGUGAUUUUGCGGUAGACCUGGAGGAGAGGGGUGGAGUUAAUAUGUAGCCUUAUCACCACCAUCAUUUCCCUCUUCUCUUGUUUCUCCUUCCUCUCAGUAGCUGAAUGCUAUUUAAAAAAAAAACAUGCCAGCUUGCCAUGGACAAAUGCCAGGCAUUUCAGCCAAGAGUGACCAAUCAGCUAAAUGCUACAAGGGACUGGCGUGUCAACAAUAUGGCCGUAUGGAAAAGUCUGUCCUGUGUGUGGUCGUUGGGGACUCAUUUAAAGGGGAGGUGGAGUGAUAAUUGAUGUCCCAUUCUUAAAGGGAAAGGAGGGAUCCCCCAGGUCUGUUUGUUUUCAACUGUUUCAAACAAGAACCUAGCUUUCUCACUGACAGCAUUACAAAGUCAUCCCCUGUAGAGGACUUGUAUCUAAGCUACACUCCGCCAUACUAGACCUCACUACACCACACACCUGCUGUGAUACACGCACACUGAGCUCAUGCUGAAGUGUGUGUUGGCUGGUUUGCUCGUGGAUAUUACUGGCUUUGUACUGUAAGUCACUUUACUGUAAAAGCAGAAUGUUUUUGUUGUUUGUUUUAAUGGUUUUAAUGGCAUCGUCAUUUUUAAAGGGAUGUUUUGAGUGUGUGUCUAAAUUUGGUGUUCACGUCUUAAAGGUGGGUGUGGCUGUGUAUGUGAAUUUGUUUGCGUGUGUGUGUGUAAACGUUUGCGUGUCUGUUUGCAUGUCACUGUUGUGCAUUCGUGUGCGAAAGGAAAACGUCUUAAAGGGAAUUAAUUAGCGGACGGCCAGCUGACUCACUGAAACGUGACGUGCUGCUUCUUGGGUAGUCAGCUCAGGAACACACAUAAGGAGGGUGUUUGGUGACACUGCUGAACUUUCCCCAAUGAAGGCUGGUGACCCAUCUCUGCCCCUGACAGGAGAUGCAUACUGUUCUUAGCCCCUGACAGGCUAACUCUACUGGAUUUGAUACCUUGAAGCAGUGUCCGAGAGGGCGGAUGGACCCUAAGCUAAUUGGCAAUUCUUCUUUAUUAAUUGUGUGCAUUUUUUAUGAAAUAAGAAAGGAGCUCUAUCAUUGACCCAGGAACACAGGAACUGCUCUCUGGUGUGCCCUUAAAACACCAUGUUGUGACACUGUUUUUCCUCUAGAGACAGUAUAUUAUUUCGCCUCAUACCGAACAAACAAAUAUUCUAAAUGCCUUUUGGAUUCAGUCGUCUGACUGGACAGAGUGGAGGGAACAGUUGUUGAGUUCCGUCUUCUCUAGAUCCCAGUAUCACUGUGAUGAUGAUGUAAUGAUGAUGAUGAUGAAAGACGUCUGUUGCCUUUUCUGUGUUCCCCUGUUCUCUGUUCUCACCUGUUGUUUCCACAGAGCCACAUGUGGGAAGAUGUGUAGUGGUUGACUGGCACUUUCUUCUACUGAUACCUACAUGAGUAUGAUGGGUAUGUCAGCAUAUUUACCAUUGUACAUUGGUGAUAAAUAGUUUACCCUCUACUUUGCAACUCUAUUUGCUGUCUCUGGGCUGGAGAGAGACAGUGUGCAUGUCUGAAAUGUUGUCCUGUCUGAGUAGCUGUGCAUGUUAGUGUAGUUUUGGUUAAUCCGGUCCUUCCGGUUUGUACAGAACACACUUUUUCAAACAAGAAAAAAUAAAUAAUUUUUUUCUAA